UCUCUGAUCUGAAUUUUUCCUUCCAGUGAAAGCGACCAUGCCGCUGUUCACGGUGAUCCUGUCGCGGGUGAUCAUGCGCGAGCGCCAAACCAAGGCCGUCUACCUGAGCCUGGUGCCGAUCAUCGUGGGCGUCGGGAUCGCCACCCUGACGGAGCUGUCGUUCGACAUGAUCGGGCUGAUCAGCGCGCUGCUCGCGACGAUGGGCUUCUCGCUGCAGAACAUCUUUUCCAAGAAGGUGCUCAAGGAGACCGGCGUUCACCACCUGCGGCUGCUGCACAUCCUCGGUCGGUUGGCGCUGUUUAUGUUCCUGCCGCUGUGGAUGUACUUUGAUCUGUUCAGCGUGCUGAAGCACCCGGCGAUCACCACUGGAGACUACCGGGUGAUCGCGCUGCUCUUCACCGAUGGCGUCCUGAACUGGCUCCAGAACAUCCUGGCGUUCAGCGUGCUGUCGCUGGUGACGCCGCUGACGUACGCGGUGGCCAGCGCCAGCAAGCGGAUCUUCGUGAUCGCGGUCUCGCUGUUCAUCAUCGGCAAUCCCGUCACCUGGAUGAACAUCUUCGGCAUGCUGGUCGCCAUCAUGGGCGUCCUUUGCUACAAUCGGGCCAAAUACUUCUCCCGGUUAGCGCCGUCGCGGGACACGAUCCUGCCGUACUCGAACAACAACAUCAAGUAUAAACCGCUCGAGGACAGCACGCUGCUUGGCCAAACCGGAAACGGCCACUACGCCGGCAAGAAUGGCUACCCCACGAACGGCUCCGCUGCCGGGUACUUCCAGAACGGUGGAACGGUGCAAAAUGGCGGCGUCACGAACGCCACGACGACGACGAAUCUGCUGCUGAACAAUAGCAACAGUGCGACCACGACAACGAUAGCCGGCAACAAGAUGCUCUUUGUCUAAGCGCGCCAAGCAAUAGAAUGACACGCGAUCCGACCUUUAAUUGUACAGUUUGUCAUGUUGCCUUUGUUUUGCGGGGAUGCACGUUUUUUGACGGAUCGCGUGUCGGAUUUUCUGGAUGGCCCCUCCCCCGUGAUGCACACCUUUAUUUUGACACGAAUUUGAACGAUCCUAAAAGAGAGAGAGAUUUAUUUAUUAUGUUUUCCUCCCCUUGCAAAUGCUUGACCUUAGAGGAAAAAAAAAGUUUAGAGUUUGGUUUGUUGACGCAAUAGUAGACAUGUCUUUCAACUAAGUGGAACGAUCCUAGAUAGGGCGCAGCAGUCAGUAUUCAGAUAAGCGGGAUUUUGGAACGUACUAUACAGAUAGACAGACAGCAAAAUAUAGUAGCAGUUUUGAAAAAAAGAAAAAAAAACUAUUGAACGCUAGAAAAUGGCGAACAUAAAUGUGACAACAAAUAAGGCAAAGUAAAUGAAAUAAAUGAUAUUUAUAUGACAA